AUGGCACCUACUGUCAUCUUCAUCAGACAUGCUGAAGCUCGUCACAAUGCCACCAAUAAGUCUCUCCACGGCCAUCAGCUUGGCUUCGGAGAACAAUGUGACGAACUUGCAAAGCAUUUAGAAAAUGAGCUCCCGUUGGCACAUGAGAUAGAACUCAUCGUUGUCAGUCCAAUGAGAAGAACACUUCAGACAGCUCAAGUAAGCAAACUUUCUUUUCGCUUCGACGAUGUCACACCCUACCUUGGACCGCAAUAUCUCUGCUCGGUGCAAGCACUUGGCUGGCUGAUGAAGAAAGGUGUACCAGUCAUCCUGCGUGCAGAGUUCCAAGAGAACUCUGCUAAGCCAUGUGACACUGGAUCUCCGAUUCCAGAGAUGGAGAGAGAAUGGCCACAAUUCGACUGGUCAACUGUGGAUCCCAGAUAUCCUGCAACUGAUGGCUUGUACGAGUGCUCCAGAAAAGGGUUGACACGGCGCGGCAUUGCAGCAAGAAACUUCUUGCGAAACAGACCAGAAAAGAUCAUCGCAGUCGUGUCCCAUGCUGGGUUUUUGAGGACAAGUCUUUGCUCCAGGAGAUUCGACAACGCUGACUACAGAAUCUUCAAUUUCGGAGAAGAAGAUGAAGGCGAUAUACCUCGCCUUGUUGAGUGGGAGCUUACAGAGACAAAGGGUGGAGGCCUUGGAAAGAGUGAAAAAGGAGUCUUUGAACUGAACGAUGGUGACUAUGCUCCAGAGAAGCCGGAACCAGAAGAAGUGGUCAGCGAGAACCCAUCAUAA